AUGAACGAGCCCAACUACUUCAAUGUUCCGUUGGGAACGCAAGCGCCCCCUUCUCUCGCUCCCCCUUCGCUUUUCCUGUCCGGCCCUAAAUGUGAUAAUACUAUGAGACACCAGCCGAGUCUACCUUCAAUGCCAGAGAAUGGUUUAUCGUCUCCGCUACAUUCAGGGGGUACUACUCCUCGUCCUCUCAAUCGACAAUCUGCCGAGUCCCCGGGGUUCGGCGUUGACCCUCCACGACCUGCUCGCGAUGGGUUCGACAAGGGUUUUUUCAAAUGGAGGAAUCGCUCGACAAAGUCUGCCAGUGAAUCUGACGUCCGAGACAUGUCGCUUGGUUCUGCUUUGACACCGCUAUCAGCGUCACCCAACUUCCAAGGCUUUGAGCCCUCACAGCCAAGACCACCUUCCAGUCCCUUUGUAUCCGAGUCGGCACAUGUCUUUUCACUACAGCAUCCCAGUGUCACUCGCUUCUCAGAUCAGAUUCAAGACUUCAGCUCAACCUCUCCAAGCGUGUAUAGAGAUAGUACGGACUCGAUUUCCCCAAUGAAUAAUUUGGUGCCACCGCGAACAACAGACACUCCACCUUCAACAUCAUCUAGCUCUGAGAGUCUCUAUGGAAAGGCAAAGAAAAGUAUCGGGUCCAAGCUUAAAUUCAAGAUCCGCAGAGAGGCGACGCCAUACUCAGCAAUACCUGAGCACGAACACCACUGUUCAACGAUGGACGGUACUAGGAACCACACCAGCAUACAUCAAAUCACAAAAAUAGGGUCCUGGUUCAAGGAUGAUGUAUCAAUAACCAAGUUGCGCCAAAGGUUCUUUGGACGGUCACCUUGGGGCCGUGAGGGGUCAGUCAAUUCCUACAGCAGCGUGACUAGCUCUGUGAGAGAGAUACUCAAAGUACGAGUCAACUGUGUCGAUAGUCCAUAUCCAGGGGGGGAAGCAAGGCGCAUCAAGACACCUCCACUUACUGAAGGAACUGCGAGUGGUCGACCACGUUCGUUCUUCGCCGAGACAGUUGCUCAUGCAGACGUGGGAGAAGUGGAUAUCCAAGCCUCCCUGUCGAGGAGACACUCUCUGCAAACAAUCCGUCACAAAAGUUAUGCUCCUGACACUAUCGAGUGGUGGGAAAGAAUCCCCAAGCAACCCGUCCGAAGGAAUCCUCUUCAGGGUUCGGCCACUUUUGAAUUCAAACUUCCGGAACACCUGCCAAGCAGCCCAAUGUGUCCGGCGAACGAGAAACAUGUCGGUGGCGGGAAGGGCGUAUGCGUUUACCAUGGGCGAAGAAAGGAACAUCAAAGUUGA